ACCCUCUUGAAAAUAUAUUUUCGCGCAUCUCAGAACACUCUUCUCUCACAAUCACAAAAACCUUUGGAAACUCCCGUCUAAAAAUUUACAGAUUCAGAAACAAAUUAAAGCAAUUGUUCCAUCCAGAAGGCACGGAUGGAUAAGGGAAGUAGUACGGUCUUUAAAUCGUUAUCCAGAAUGACGGAUAAUGAAGAGGCCAUGCAGGAGGGGGCCGUGUUGCAUCUGCCCAGUUAUGCCGAUCGCUAUACGGAUAUUCCUCGGCUCAUCCGCUUGAAGUUCAUUGCCCAGGUGUGCCCCCAGUUGAGUGUUCCUGCCCUAGAGCUGGCCAUAGCUCACGUGAAGACCACCUUCAAUGUCAAGUUGUACGAUGAGCUGUACAAGACCCUCUGCAUUGAGAUGGACAGGAAAACCCACAAGAACCUAGACGAGAGAGGAGCAUUUCCCACUACUGAUGGAAACGAACAGAGUACAUCAAGGGGUAGAGGUAGAAGACUGGUGCCCUACGAUUCGUACUGGGUGGAGGAUAACACCAUGGAGGCUAAUCUUGCACUCCAAGAACUGGACGCUGAACUGAAUUUCAAGAAAUCGAAUUCGGGUAGCUCUUAUGUGCGACGCACUCUGGAGGAGAUCGGAGAUCAUUACGAGAAGAGCGGAAAUCUGCAGAGGGCCGUCAAGUUUUAUGCUCGAGCCAGGUCCUAUUGUACCAGCAGUGAUAAUGUGAUCAAUAUGUUUCGCAAUCUGAUCAGGGUCUCCAUUUACAUGGCCAAUUGGUGGCAUGUACUGACCUACAUCGACGAGGCCAAGCAGUAUGCAUUCGGCUUUGAGAACCUGUGCCAGGAAGUUCCUGCUCGUCUUAGCUGUGCCGCUGGUUUGGCCAACAUGGGUUUGAAGUUAUAUAAGUCUGCCGCCCAGUACUUUCUGAAUACUUCCUUUGGGCGGUAUGAUUACGAUAAGAUCGUUGCUCCAGAAGACGUCCCCUUCUAUGCCGGACUCUGUGCUUUAGCCACUUACGAUCGGGAUAUGUUGCAGCUGCGCGCCAUCAAUUCGGAAUCGUUUAAGCCUUUUUUUCAGCUGUCACCAAAAAUGUGGACUAUCUUGGCCAAGUUCUAUGAGGGCCAGUUCGAUACCUGCUCGGCCCUAUUAGGCGAUAUUGAAGAUCAUGUCAGGAUAGAUGUUUAUCUAUCUCCUCACGUGGACACUUUGUACGAUAUGAUCAUGGGCAGACUGAAGAAGAAUGACAAGAAGGUUAUGACCGACCAAGUGACAAGGCAUAAGGGUAGAUAUAGACUUUGAAAAGUAAUCAGAGUGCCUCAAAGCGAUUUGGUUUGACAAAGAUUGAUUUACGCAUUCAAUAUUUAUUUUAUAAUAAAUUAAAAUAUGGUGAUUUUUUAAUAGCUAGUA